CUAACCUAUAAGUAAACUACAGAGGGCGCUACCUACAUGAAUUGUUCAGAGCCGUACGACUCUGGAAUUGUUUACAGGCCAGACGGACGACAAUAAUGUUUACCAGACAGACAUACAAACAAACUCGUACGUGUGUACUAUAAACUGAGGGGCAGACCUGAGUAAAUCAUGAUUUGUGUAUCUAUCCCAAGUAUUAGGCAGGUGAACGAAGAUGAAAAACCAUUUACGGUUUAUCAGGUGCAUGUCCGAGUGUCAAGUAAAACCCACAUUGUUGAGAAAAGAUACAGCGAGUUUCACACAUUGCAUAAACAGGUGAAGAAAAGCAUGGAGACCCCAGACUUUCCUCCCAAGAGGAUGAGACAACUCACAAUGAGAGGGAUAGAGCAAAGACGACAAGGACUGGAGCAGUACAUACAGGCACUUCUUGACCGAGAUAAUGUUCCCAAAUCUCUUCUCACAUUUCUGCGAGUGAAGAACUUCAAGACCAUUAGUUACGACUCGCUCGAUGAGCUCGGAAAAGAGGUUCCAAGUUCCGCCCACCAGCCUGUGAUGUCAUUUCAGAGUGACGCCUACCUUCACCCAUCAACCUGUGAGAGUGAUCUACAUGAUAGCCUCGAUGAAGGCGUUCGACUUGGUCUCUACGAGGACAUGUUGGAAGUCACAUGAUGCACAGCGCAGCCAAUGAUCAACAUCAAUUGUAUAGAUUUGAAAUCAGUUUUCCUGUUCCCAACUAAUCCCUCUGUUGGCGCAAGACAUCCUUGGCGCACUUUAUACCGAUGCCCAAUUUCAUCGAGCUGUUUUUUAUUUAGCAGGAGAAAAAAGUGUAACAAAUUUCUUUUCUAAGCAAACGUGUGGGGUACCAGUCGCAACUCUGUAUAUUUCAUUGAAUGUUGGCUGGUAACCUGUUUUUGCUUAGCAAUAUUUGUCUGUGCUAAGCAAGUUUUUAUGCUUAAGGGGUUUAUGAAAUUGAGCCCCCAUUGGUUUACACUGUGCAGUGAUUCGCGGAUAGCCUUUAAGUAGUUUGAUAUAGUCAACAAAAAGGAUGACAUGUACAUGUACAUCUAUAGCACCCUCCUUCAGUAAAUCCAAACAAAGUAGAAUCGCUAUAAAGUGUACUGCAAACUGAUGGGUAGCAAAAUGCGCAAAGAACGUCUUGCACCAAAACUAAUUUUUAGCCAGAAAAUUGCCAGUGUGUAUCUGUCUGUUAAAUUGACCUGGAGAAGUGUGAUGUUUUAUUGUCACAAUAAUAUGGUCAUCCAUCAUAAAAAAUCUCAAGAUCAGCUAAUUUCCUUUUCUUUCUUGAUUUGCAUGAUGUCAAAAUACUGGGGGGGGGGGAAAAAAUACAUGUAUGUCCAAUAGACAUUUGUAGUUUUGGGUACUGCGUCUUGUCCACCGCGCGUCAUCCGCAGACAAAAAUUCUGGUAAUGUCAUGCAUGUACAUGUAGGUUACAUGGUGUUUCUUUUGAUUAGAAACACUAGAAGAACAAACCUGCUGUAUAAUCAGUUUCAGAUUGUACUGAACUUUUUUAUUUUUUUUUUAAUUUAUCUUCUGUGGUACAGAAUUGAUACUGGUACACAGGUACAUGUACACACUUUGCUUGACAAUAGUUAUGCAUUUGAUUUGGUUUCUGCCCCAACACAGUUGUGUUUUUUUAAAAAGCAUACACACAUAAUUACAUAUUCGAACUGCCUCUAGCCACUGAACUAGUGGUUAGACAUCUGUGCCCAAUUUCAUGGCUAUGCUUACCGCCGCAUUCUGCGCUAUCGAUCACGAUUCCCCGCUCGCUUACGUGCAAGCGCCGUAUUUCUGUGCUAGCCUUGUAAGCGUAGAAUACCUAGUAAUGUGAAGUACGUGCGAGCAGAAGCCAAAAUUUGCCGCUAACCCGUGAAAUACGCUUGCUAAAAGCACAGAAUUCCCUGCUUCCGUAAGCGCCGAUUCUGUGCUUACGGUAAGCAGAGCCAAGAAAUUGGGCCCCAUUCUAUCGUAGCAAAGGUCGUGGGAUCAAAUCCCACUUGAGAAAUAUGCCUGUGGAUUUAUUGUUCACACGAGAAAGUAGACGACAUACAUAUAGUGUAAAGGUAAUUUCAGAAAAAAUUAUUCUUUAUCCUUGAUGCGAAAUCUAAUAAAACAGUUUUGCAGUAAAAAUCACAAAUGUGGGAGAUACUUUCCACCAAUUUAAAAAAUGUUGGUAAACAUGGAAAAGCUUCGUCAGUGGCUUCGGUAUGGUAUAAGUAUUAUUCUACAACACACAACAGCCAAAGUCAAAGCUAAAUUAUUUACCCAAUGUCUUUACAUGUACGUUGCUUGAUUCAGACUUUGCUUUAGCUCUUCAUUAAUCAACAAUCGUAUACUUAACUUUCUUCCAGACAACUUAAGCUUUGAAAGUUUUUUUUAUUAUUUUUUUAUUAGUUUUUUUUCGUUUUAAAUAUUUAACCAUCAAUUAUCAAUGCUUAAUUGAAACUACUUAGUUCAAUUGUCCAAUAUCAGGUCACAAAUUAUAUUUGUAGUUUAAUGCCAAUGUAUUGCAAAAUAGAUUAUGUUCCUCUUUAAUAGCUAAUAAAGAUUGGUUUAAAUGAAAACAA